CUUCAGAUCAGAACAUGGAUGUGUGUUUAGAGGAAGAGGAGGAGGGAGCAGAGUUUCCUGUACCAAGCUGUGUGUCUCUGAAGAGUGAUCUGUCCAAAGAUGAACCUCCAUUUUUCAGUAAUGAACCUGGACCCUCAGACACAAAAUUUGAGUGGAGCAGACAGAGAGCAGAGUUUCCUGUACCCAGCUGUCUGUCUCUGAAGAGUGAUCUGUCCAAAGAUGAACCUCCAUUUUUCAGUGAUGAACCUGGACCCUCAGACACAAAGGGGACAAAGAGUACUCAUGUUAUAGAGGAGAAGCCAUCCUGUCCUGUGUGUCAGGACGUCCUGAAGGAUCCUGUCUCUACCAGCUGUGGACACUGGUUCUGCAGACAAUGCAUCACCUCAUACUGGGACCAGUCUGGUUCACCAGGAGACUUGUCCUGUCCUCAAUGUGGAGAAAGAUCCAGAACAGGACCUGGACUGCAGCCAGACAGUCAAAGCAGCACUGAACAAAUAGAUAGAGGUCUGCAGGAGAUUUUAGAUGAACAUAAGGUCAGUCUGAGGACGAGAUGUGAACAUGUGACUGAAUUAAGUGAUGAAACAGGAAGUAGAACCCUCCUCAACAGGAUCUACACUGAGCUCUACAUCACAGAGGGACAGAGUGAAGAGGUGAACACCCAACAUGAGGUGACACAGAUUGAGACAGACUCUAAAAAGAAGACCCUCCAUGAGACUCCAAUCAAGUGCCGGGACAUCUUUAAAGCCUUACCCGACCAACAGAAACACGAGACAGGAGCUCAACCCGACCAACAGAAACCAAAGACAGAAGCUCAAUCCGACCAACAGAAACCCAUCAGAGUGGUUCUGACCAACGGCGUUGCUGGUGUUGGAAAAACUUUCACAGUGCAGAAGUUCACCCUGGACUGGGCAGAGGGCUCAGAGAACCAAGACGUCAGUCUGGUGAUCCUGCUUCCAUUCAGGGAGCUGAACUUGAUCAGAGAUCAGCGGUACAGUCUUCUUGAGCUGCUCCAUGUUUUCCAUCCAACAUUACAGAAGGUCGCAGCAGAGACGCUCGCUGUCUGUAAACUGUUGUUCAUCUUUGACGGCCUGGAUGAAAGCAGACUGUCAUUGGACUUCAAAAACUGGGAGGUUAUGUCUGAUGUCACACAGAAGUCAUCUUUAAACACACUUUUCACAAACCUCAUCAAGGGGAAUCUGCUUCCCUCAGCUUUCAUCUGGAUAACUUCUCGACCUGCAGCAGCCAAUCAGAUCCCUCCUUCAUGUGUUGACAGGGUAACAGAAGUACAAGGCUUCACUGACGCCCAGAAGGAGGAGUACUUUAGGAGGAGGUUCAGUGAUGAUAAAGAUCUGUCCAACAAAAUCAUCUCACACAUCAAGACAUCCAGGAGCCUCCACAUCAUGUGUCUGAUCCCGGUCUUCUGCUGGAUCACUGCGAGAGUUCUGGAGCACAUGAUGAGCACAGAGCAGAGAGGAGAGCUUCCCAAGACCCUGACUGACAUGUACUCAUACUUCCUGCUGGUUCAAACAAAGAGGAAGAAACACAAGUAUGAUGAGGGACAUCAGAUGAGUCCACAUGAGCUGAUGGAGGCCAACAGGGAAGUUCUUCUGAAGCUGGGGAGGCUGGCGUUUGAACAUCUGGAGGACGGAAACAUCAUGUUCUACCAAGAAGACCUGGAGCGGUGUGGUCUGGAUAUCACAGAGGCCUCAGUGUACUCAGGAGUUUGUACAGAGAUCUUCAAAACAGAGUGUGGGAUCUUCCAGAAAACAGUCUACUGCUUUAUUCAUCUGAGCGUUCAGGAGUUUCUGGCUGCAGUCUACAUGUUCCACUGUUUCACCGACAGGAACACAACAGUUCUGAAGGCUUUUCUGGGAGUAAGAUUUAUAGAUUUAACUCUUGAUGUUCUCCUAAAUGGAGCAAUGAUGACAUCCAUGAGGAGUAAAAAAGGUCACCUGGACCUGUUUGUUCGCUUCCUUCAUGGUCUUUCUCUGGAGUCAAACCAGACAAUCUUAGGAGGCCUGCUGGGUCAGACAGACAACAGUCCAGAAAUGAUCCAAAGAGUCAUUAACAACCUGAAGGAGAUGAACAGUUAUAUCUCACCAGACAGAGGCAUCAACAUCUUCCACUGUCUGACGGAGAUAAACGACCUCUCAGUCCAUCAGGAGAUCCAAAAGUUCCUGAAGUCAGAGAACAGAUCAGGGAUGAAACUCCCUGAGAUCCACUGCUCUGCUCUGGCCUACAUUCUGCAGAUGUCCGAGGAGGUUCUGGAUGAGUUGGACCUGAAGAAGUACAACACAACAGACCAGGGACGAUGGAAACUGAUUCCAGCUGUGAGGAACUGCAGGAAGGCUAAACUUUCUGGCUGUGGACUCUCAGAGACUCACUGUGACAUUGUGGCCUCAGCUCUGAAGUCCAACCCCUCCCAUCUCAGAGAGCUGAACCUGAGCUACAACGACGACCUGCAGGAUUCAGGAUUGAAGCUGCUGUGUGAGGGACUGCAGAGUCCAAACUGCAGACUGGAGUCUCUGAGAUUGAUUCUCUGCAGUUUGUCAGAGAUCAGCUGUUCUUCUCUGGCCUCAGCUCUGAAGUCCAACCCCUCCUAUCUCAGAGAGCUGGACCUGAGUGAGAACUACGACCUGCAGGAUUCAGGAUUGAAGCUGCUGUGUGAUUAUCUGCAGAGUCCAAACUGCAGACUGGAGACUCUGAGAUUGUGGGGCUGCAGUUUGUCAGAGAUCAGCUGUUCUUCUCUGGCCUCAGCUCUGAAGUCCAACCCCUCCCAUCUCAGAUAUCUGGACCUGAGUGUGAACAGCCUGCAGUAUUCAGGAGUGAAGCUGCUGAGGGAUCUUCAGAAGAAUCCAAACUAUCGACUGGAGUCUCUGAGAUGGAGAUGAUCUCUGAAUGUGAGCGAUCAGGACACUGGUGGUGCAGAGAGGAGCAGCUGUGUCCUGAUGAUCCACAGAGGAUGAACCUCCACCAUCUUGUGCGUUGAGAAGCUCUGCAAGCUGAGGAGAGCUUCAUCCAUCAGGGACUGACAGAGGAAUCACAUCAAAGUUCAUUUCAAUGAUAUUUCUAAUGAAUUUGUUCUACACACAUUACAGGAGUGGAAGGCCAAACAUGAAACAGCUGGUAGAAAUGUCAAGAGGUCAAAAGCUACCAAGAAAUGCUGCAGUUAUUCUUCUCGUGAUGAUUAUUUUGAUUAUAUUUCUUACAAAAAGUACAAACCAGAACUUGAUCAUAUGUAACAUUUAUUCACAUAAUCUUCUCUUUAUAGCCUCUU